UGACGUGCACUCAGCGCCGAGCUUCUUCGUAGUCCCUCACCCACUUGGCUAAUAUGGGCUGGUCCGGAAGGUCAGGCAAGGGGAAGCUGCGCAAGCGCAGUGUGAGCGGCAACAUGGCGUCCAGGUGCAAGCGGCGGGCCGUGGAAAGUGUGGUUCCGCAGCCGCGGGACCCCCCAGUCCAGCGCGACGACGAAGAGGAAGAUGAAGUCGAGGAUGAGGACGAAGACGAUGACGACAGUGACGAGGAAGAGGAUGAAGAGGACGAGGUCAUUGACGAGGAAGUGAAUAUUGAAUUUGAAGCUUAUUCCCUAUCAGAUAAUGAUUAUGACGGAAUUAAGAAAUUACUGCAGCAGCUUUUUCUAAAGGCUCCUGUGAACAUUGCAGAACUAACAGAUCUCUUAAUUCAACAGAACCAUAUUGGGAGUGUGAUUAAGCAAACGGAUGUUUCAGAAGACAGCGAUGAUGAUGUGGAUGAAGAUGAGAUUUUUGGUUUCAUAAGCCUUUUAAAUUUAACUGAAAGAAAGGGUACCCAGUGUGCUGAACAAAUUCAAGAGUUGAUUCUAAGCUUCUGUGAGAAGAACUGUGAAAAGAGCAUGGUUGAACAGCUGGACAAGUUUUUAAAUGACACCACCAAGCCUGUGGGCCUUCUCCUAAGUGAAAGAUUCAUUAAUAUCCCUCCACAGAUCGCUCUGCCCAUGUACCAGCAGCUUCAGAAAGAACUGGCGGAGGCACACAGAACCAAUAAGCCAUGUGGGAAGUGCUACUUUUACCUUCUGAUUAGUAAGACAUUUAUGGAAGCAGGAAAAAACAAUUCCAAAAAGAAACCUAGCAACAAAAAGAAAGCUGCGUUAAUGUUUGCAAAUGCAGAGGAAGAAUUUUUCUAUGAGGAAGCAGGGAAGCCUGAGGUGCUCAGAGGGCCAGACACAGGAAGAGGACUGGAACCAGUUCCGAUACAGCACAAUGGCUGGCCUGUUCCCCAGUAUUAGAAUAAACUAAAACAUACAAGCCAGGAUGGAUGAAGCCAAUAGGAUAAAAAACAAGCACACAACAUUAUUUGGGGAAAAACACCUCUAGUGACACGUUUUCUUCAUCUGCACUGAUUAUUUCAGCAAAAGAAAUCUAGUAUGUUUUCAUACAUCUGACGUAUAAAUUUGCUGAACUUUUAGUUUUCUUAAUAUUAAGAUAAUUUUUCAUAUUAAGAAAAUUUUCCUUUUCUAACCUAUUAAAAUACCUCACUAUCAUUUCAAAGGGUUAAAUGAAUUGAUCACCAUCUCUGCUAUGUGCUCCUCAAAAUAUAAUUUCAAAUGGAUUCGAUUUAAAUCUAUACCUAGUGCAGAUUUGCAAAAAAAGAAAAGGAAUAGUCAUUAAGGAUACCUGUUACCAUGGCAGCGAUUGUUAACACUUCAUCUACACAGUCAAAUUCACAGGACGCUAAGAUAGACUUCGAGAGUUGUGGAUCAAGAGGAAACUCUGACAUGAUGAUUCCAAAUUCAGAAAGAUUGCCAUCAUUAUCCAGUGCUGCCAGAUAAUCUAAGUCUUCCAAUGCCUGCAUCAAACUUUCUGGUGCUAGGAAAGGAAAAAAUAAUAAUUUAAGAGUCUCAUAUGGCUAAGAUGGAGAAACAGGUACUGGAUUUUUCCCUCCUGCAUGAAACAAGCAAACAAUGGACAAAAUAUGUGAAACAACGGUUUGCAAGACACCAAAUACCAGGGAGUGAAGGACAGUGAUUCUUGAGAGGGCACACUCAGGAGGGCAGCCCUGUGAUUGUCCAGCUCAUGCUCCGAAGAGGGUCCCAGCUGCAGUGUGCAUGCGGGGGGAACCCAAGUGGAGCCUGCCAGCCUCCCUGCAGUAGGAAAACAAUGCCAGGGAUCCAGGGAGACUAAAGUGGCCAGAACUCGCGGUCACAGUACUGGAGAGAGACACACAGAUCUAAGUCAGGGGCCAGAGGGAGCUCCCUCAACUAGUCAGCAGAGCCCCACUGAUCAGUGCAUGUGUGUAAGGAACCACCUCAGGCCAGAGAAAGAGCCAUGUGAGAGGAUUAGAAGGAACAGUGGUGCUGACACAGGACCUAGGGUAGGGCCUGUUCCCACCACCCAAGCUGGAAAAACCUCAUGAUUUGUGGGGCACUGGGUAGAAAACACAAGUGAGAAACCCUAGAUGGGCACUGCCACCUGACACAUCUAUACAGCAGGACCCGAAAGGAUCACACUGCAUCCUAGGACAAAGCUCAAAAAUACCUCUGGGACUACAAAAAUAUUCAGUGCCCAACAAGGUAAAAUGUACAAUGUCUAGCAUACAGUAGAGAGGCAUGAAAAGCAUGAAAAUACAUUGCAUAAUACAGAGAAAAAUUAAUCACAACUGACCUGGAUCUCAGAUGCUCAAAAUAGUAGACAAACAUGUUAUUUCCCAGUGCAAAUAAAGAAAUAAAGAUAGCAA